CUUACACUGGCACGGGCUUAAUUUCGUUGUUGCUGUCUCGACGAACGCCAUCUUCGUUUCCCGCUUUCCAUCCAUCAACCCAACCAUGAAGAGGCUUUCCGCCAGUCCGCAGGCCGGUCCUCAUCGAUGCAGCACCGCAUCAACUUUUCACACGGAUGCCGAUGCAUCGCCCAGGUCAGCGCCGUCGCCGUUGGCCGACCGGAACGCGGUCUCGACGUGGCUAUGGCGCUUGGACAUCAGCCUUCUAAUCGUCAUGGUCCUCUUGACCAGCUACAUAACUCAGCUAGCCAUACUUGCGGACGCUGUGCCGAUCAAUGUGGCCAUCGCACAGCUGGUCAUUGGAGUCCUCUGGCUCAUCUGCACUGUUUCCAUGGGCUUCUUUGCAUCCGACUCGGCCGAGUGGCGCCAGAUCACUCCAAGACAUUCAACCUUUAUCGCCGUCGAGGACAGCCGGGAUCAACUAUUCGACCUUCGGCCGCCCAUGCGCGAAGGCCAUGAUGCCCGCGCCAUCGACAAGCAUUCUCAGCAACCCGCUGUUCCCAGCCCCUCACGGGAAAGUCAGCCUGGCGCACUUAAGCCAACACGCGACCUGGACGUGCAGGACGCGAAUGACGAAGGCAUCGUGUCGGAGCUGGUGUCGGAGUCUUUGUCUGAUCCAUGGCAAGAUGCUGCUGCGACUGACGCGCCACCAACUGGCGAGCAGCAAGUACCAGCGUCAUCUAACGUCGACAGCCUCAUCCCCAACUCCCUCAGCUCACUUGCCUGCGAAGACGAGCCAACUACAGUUCCUCUCACACGAGCGGCACGCCAGAGAGACAAGAGCUGGACAGCCCGCACCUGCGCAUGGCUGGGUAAAAGGGUCAGCUUUCGCUCGCGGCAGGGCGAGAUCAAAUUGAAAGAAGUGACAGAAUGGGAUGAUGAGGAGAAUGGAUUCGUUGUGAUCGAGAAGAGGUAGAUCGAGAAACCUUCCUUUAGACAAAGAGACGGACAGCAAACAUCUUUGUAUGUGUGUUCUCUGUGGAUGUCCUUUCAUCUUCAGCGAGGUUUUUCCCCCCGCAACACUCCCCGCAUCACCCCAGCCAUACAACACUACACGACAGGCGGAUCAGAGCAGCCUGCACGUCAGAAAGAGGCCAAGGGCGGAGACAUGAUAAAGCAACAAUGGAGAGACAUGGUGCUUGUCUGCUUGCAGGAACCAACGUUGAUAGAGCGGUAUCAAAGCUGGAUUGAGGAGUCAUGAGAGUGGUUCGGAGGCGGAGUUGCCCGACAAGGACGAGGCGGCAUGACACUGUGGGCGGCCUGCUGGCCGCCCGUCGAGACGGACGUCGAGUGGUCCGUCCAGCAUAAAAUGACACAACAGCCCGCUUUCCGCUCGCACAGCUCAAGAGGCAAAGCCAGCAUCCUGAACUGCCAGCGGCUCUCGAGGAUGCGCAGAAGAAACAG